AUGUUCUUCUUUUCAGAUCACACCAUCCAGUCUGCUUUUUGCUGCUGCUGCUGCUGUUCGGUGCAGAAAAGAGCAGUGAGGACAAAGUUGAGCCUGGACAAUGAUGAAGGCUUGAUGGCUGGAUACGCAAUGUCACAACAGCCUUUUUUCUCUCAACAGCAUGACAGGCAAUUUGUUCAGCAAUCAAAAAGGAAGCCACCACCAGCGUUACCCCCACAGAUCCCUGGAGAGUAUGAAGAGAAAAUCAGAGUCAUUGCACUCUAUGAUUUUUUUGCCAAAGGACCCUGUGACUUAACACUCAGGAAAUCAGAAGAAUACAUUAUCCUUGAGAAGUAUGACCCCCACUGGUGGAAGGCAAGAGACCAGUACGGUAAUGAAGGCCUAAUUCCCAGCAAUUAUGUAACUGAGAACGAGCGAAAUAAUUUAGAAGCAUAUGAGUGGUACUGUAAAAACAUAACCAGAAAUCAGGCAGAACUUCUACUAAGGCAGGAGUCCAAAGAAGGGGCAUUUAUGGUCAGAGAUUCAAGUCAAAAGGGAGCCCUCACAAUGUCUGUGUAUUCACGAUCUAGUGGAAGCCACAGUGGAAAUAUCCGACAUUAUCAAAUUAAGCAAAACCAUUCAGAACAGUAUUAUGUAGCAGAAAAGCACCUCUUUCCAUCCAUUCCUGAACUCAUCCAGUAUCACCAGCAUAAUGCAGCAGGUCUCAUCACUCGCCUCCGACAUCCAAUUGGAUCAAUGGGAAGUUGUUUACCAGCAACGGCAGGAUUUAGUUAUGAGAAGUGGAAGAUAAACCCAUCUGAGCUGACUUUCAUGAAAGAAGUUGGGCGUGGCCAGUUUGGAAUAGUUCAUCUGGGUAAAUGGAGAGCACUUGUCAAAGUUGCCAUUAAGGCGAUCAAUGAAGGUGCAAUGUCUGAAGAUGAUUUCAUUGAGGAAGCCAAAGUCAUGAUGAAAUUAUCCCACCCAAAGUUGGUACAGCUUUAUGGAGUGUGCAUACAGAACAAGCCUCUCUACAUAGUGACUGAGUUCAUGGAAAAUAGCUGCCUGCUCAAUUACCUUCGGCAAAGACAGGGGAGGCUUAACAAAGAAAUGCUACUAAGCAUGUGCCAGGAUGUCUGCGAAGGGAUGGAGUAUCUAGAAAGAAAUAGAUUUAUUCACCGUGAUUUAGCUGCAAGGAACUGUUUAGUCAAUGCCAAGAAUAUAGUUAAAAUAUCUGACUUUGGAAUGACAAGAUAUGUUCUAGAUGAUGAAUAUAUCAGCUCUUCAGGUACCAAAUUUCCAGUCAAAUGGUCAUCUCCUGAAGUUUUUCAUUUCAACAAGUACAGCAGCAAGUCUGAUGUCUGGUCAUUUGGAGUUUUAAUGUGGGAAGUUUUUACAGAGGGCAAAAUGCCUUUUGAAAAUAAGUCAAAUUCUGAAGUUGUCCAUGAGAUUUCCGAAGGUUACAGACUUUAUCAACCAUAUCUGGCAUCGCUCACUGUGUACAAAAUCAUGUACAGCUGCUGGCAUGAGAAACCUGCAGGUCGCCCUGCUUUUGCUGAGUUACUCCAGACCCUCACAGAUAUAGCCGAGACUGGAUAAUCAGACUUUCCAUACAUAUGUAUUCUCAUUGCAGAGAUCGUAUGAAGUCCCUCAUGUGGUAAUUCUCAGUCUUUUACAGUCUUAGCUAGUUACAUCAAUCAGCAGCACUGUAAAUAUUGAGGAAUCCGUGCGGUUUAGUCUGUUUUCGUUUUCAGGGUUCAUCACAUUUUUAGUGUUUUUGGGGAAAUGGAUAGUUCAGGGGACUGGUGAUAGGCUCUUAACCUUUUUGCCUCAAGGUUGGUAGUUCAAAUCGAGACCAGGUUCAUGAUGAUCAAGUCUAUGCUGGAGAGGAAUAAGCGAGGUUCCUUCUAGUACAUGGCACAUAGGUCUAAACUGCACAACAGACGCUUCUGCUUUAGUUGGGGAUUGGGCCUGCUUUGAGCAGGGGGUUAGACUAGAUGACCUCCUGAGGUCCCUUCCAACCCUGAUAUUCUAUGAUUCUAUGUGGCAGAUUUAAAUUCUGCAACAAUGCCAUUGAUUAAGAAAUCAUUUGAUAAUGGUCUGGCUCAUAGAUUGGGGAAUGGGGACAGGUGGCAGCAAGAGAGACUUAAGCACCCAUAAUGGACUUCUAUAUGGGUAUUAGAAAGACAAGGUGAGUGAGGUAAUAUCUUUUAUUGGACCAACUUCUGCUAGUGAAAGAGACAAGGUUUUGAGCUACAGAGAGCUCUUCCUCAGGUCACUGUAUAGGUCGUCAGACACAUUUGAAAACAGGACCUUAAGCACUGCAACACAGACUUCUGUCAUUUGAGCUAAAAGAGCAACUUAAGACUGUAGAAAUAGUAAGCUUUUGUCAUCUAGCAGACCAGCCAUUAAAGGGAGACACAACCUACUUUGCCUGUGUGCUAUACAUUCCUCUUAGAGGAGGGGUGGGAAGGCAUGCAGGAAGAGGAAGGUACCCUACAGGCUCUUAAAUCCCAUCUGAAUGGAAUGCCACUCUAUAACAAUUUAGGAACUGCAUAGCUGGUGAAGGUGCCUGCCUGUGUUCCUUAGGAGCACGAGAAAUCAACCACCAUCUCCUGCAAGCCUGUGCCUGCUUUCUCCAAGCAGUGUUUCCCAUGCUGCCCUUCUGCCU